GCUGCAUCUGGUACUUACGUGAUCACGCGCGCUGUUCCCGGGGAUGCAACCACAAAUGUAACAUCGGCUUCUUUACUGCACUGAAAUUAAAUCAAGACGCCGUGUGUCGGGGCCGACGAUACGAUUGUUGAGGAGCUAAAUUGCCAUGGCGGAGCAGCAGAGGCAGCGUACUCUCUCCACCUCUGGAGAAUCACUGUACCAUGUGCUGGGUGUCGACAAAGUGGCCACUGUUGAUGACAUCAAGAAGUCUUACAGGAAACUGGCAUUGAAAUAUCACCCUGACAAGAAUCCUGACAAUCCUGAGGCAUCAGAUAAAUUUAAAGAGAUAAACAACGCCCAUACCAUUUUGAAUGACCCCACAAAGCGAAACAUCUAUGACAAGUAUGGCUCUCUGGGGCUUUACGUGGCUGAACAGUUUGGAGAGGAGAAUGUCAACACCUAUUUUGUCUUGUCCAGCUGGUGGGCCAAGGCUCUGUUUAUUUUCUGUGGCCUGGCUACAGGCUGUUACUUCUGCUGUUGCCUGUGCUGUUGUUGUAAUUGCUGCUGUGGAAAAUGCAAACCACGGCCACCCGAGGGACAAGAGCAGGAGUUCUAUGUCUCCCCUGAAGACCUAGAGGCCCAGCUGCAGUCUGAUGAGAGAGAGGCAGGUGGAGGUGAGCCCAUUGUGAUGCAGCCCUCAUCGGCCUCUGAAACUACCCAGCUAACAUCUGAUGGUUACCAUACCACCUACCACACUGACACCGGCUUCAACUAAAAGCUCUGCCCACUCCACCUCCACCCCGUGGCUUAUCUCUCGUCACCAUGCGCCACCUCUUUGAGGGGAAAAAAAAAUGAAUGGAAAGUAUCCUUCAACUACAACAAAAAAGCCUGUUUUUGAGAUUAGGAGAGCCAGCGAUGGAGGAAUGAUAGCUGAAUCCUUUAGCGUAUCCUGUCCCUUAUUCACAUACCACUUCCAUCACCCAUGAGUGUCACACAUUCACCUUACCGUAGCUUAAAAAAAAAACUUUUUCGAGUUUACGAAAAAGAUAAAAAGAUCCUGUCGUUUGCCCUCUUCUCUUUGUUGCCUUUGACCUCCAAUCUUGCCUUCCACUCAUUCCCUCCUUCCUCCACCCAGAUUUGCUUGUCGUCCUGUGGCAUGCACUGUUCCUUGACUUCGUUAGAUGAAGUUUUUGUAAUUUCGGUUUUCUUGUUGGUAUAUUCAUUUCUAAAUACUUCUGAGUGUGCUUUAAAUUUGACUCUGUGAACUUGCCAUUGGUGUUCGAAGACCAACGAAGGUCCUCCAAGAAACAUGUCAUGGAAUUCUCAAUUCAACCUUUUUUCUGUAAAAUUAUCUAAAUUUUGUGGCAGUUAACAAAAAUAUGCUGAUUGAUUUGGUUCUACGGACUCACUUGCUUUGGUAAUCCAUCAGUACUGUAUUUUUUGUUACAUUUAUUCCUAUUGUUUUCUGAGAAAGAGAGAGAGAUACAAGUGAUGCAAAUGAUAACAUGCCAUUUACUCUUUAACUAUUUUGUUGAGUUUCGAUGUUGGUGUUCUGUGUUGUUUUAAGGACCAUUUGCAACGAGCUGAUCCAAAAUUAGGACUUCUGUAUAUUUGGAAUGGUUUUAGAAGUCAUCUUUGUGUGUGGCUGUGUAAUGUGUGGACAUGGUGUGCUGUGGUUGUUUGUUAUGUGCAAAAACAUGUUGGGGCAGUCAGCUUUUCUCAAUGUUAAGCUCCAUUUGGCCCAGUUGUAUUUCUCCUUGAAAGGGAAUCAUGAAUGCCAUAAAAAUGACAAACUCCAACAGUGUUGUCUGAUGUCACAUCUUGUGUACGUAAGGUUGAAGCUAAAAAAGAUGUAACAUUUUUAUAUAGAUAUACAAUCUACACACACCAUGUGUAUGUACAAUACAGUUGUGGCCAAAAGUAUUGGCACCCUUGGUAAAUAUGAGCAAAGUAGGUUGUGAAAACAUCUGCAUUGUUUAUCCUUUUGAUCUUUCAUUCCAAAAAUGUAUCCUUUAAGUAAAACAAUUGAAAGAGGGGAAAUAACUCAUUAAAUAUUUUUCUCCAAAAUAUAUUGGCCACAAUUAUUGGAACCCCUAGAAAUUCUUACGAGUUAAAAUAUAUAUGAAGUAUAUUCCCAUUCAUAUUUAAAAUUUUUAGUGCACAUGGGUGACAAAAAACAUGAAAUUGUUCAGCCUGUUUCACAGGGGUAUAAAUAUAAGCUAACACACAGGACAAAUUCCCUUAAUCAUCAAUCUCAGUGGGUUAGACAAGAAUAUAGUUCUGAUGUGCGGCAAAAGUUGAGUUUCACAAAAUGGGAAGUGGCAUUGAAAAAUAGCCAAAGCAUUAAAGAUGCCCAUUUCCAUCUUCAGAGCAAUAAUUAACAAGUUCCAGUCAACUGGAGAUCUUAAGAAUUGGCCUGAUAAAUGACGAGUGUCUAUAUUGUCUCCACGCACAGUGAGGAGGAUGGCCAAAGAGUCCAAGGAUCACAGCUGGAGAAUUGCAGAAAUGAGUUUGGUCUUGAGGUCAGAAAGUCUAAAAACAAAUAUCAGACAUCACCUACAUCACAAGUUGUUUGGGAGGGUUUCAAGAAAAAAAGCCUCUACUCUCAUCCAGCAACAAACUCAAGCAUCUUCAGUUUGCCAGACACUACUGAAACUACAAAUGCCAUCAGGUUCUAGGGUUAGAUUAAACAAAGAGCUUUUUGGAAGCGAACCCCAGAGAUGGGUUUGGCACACACAGAAGUAGUACCCGAUGUCCACGGUUAAAUGCGUUACUGGAUUUAUGUUGUGGGGCUGUUUUUCUGCCAGAGGUCCUGAAUAUCUUGUUUGGAUCCAUGGCAUCACAGACUCUUAUCAAAUACCAACAAAUAAAAAAAUCAAAACCUGGCUUCCUCUGCCAGAAAGCUUACAAUGGCCCUGGUUGGAUCUUCCAGCAGGACAAUGAUCCAAAACAAACAUCAAUAUCAACACAAAAAUGGUUCACUGACUACUAAAUCAAGGUUCUGCCAUGGCCAUCCCAGUCCUCUGACCUGAACCCCAUAGAACCUUUGUGGGGUAAACUGAAGAGGAAUGUCCACCAACAUAGACCUCUGAGUUUGUAGAGAUUCUGUUUGGAGGUGUUCUCCAACCUCAUUAGGCAUUAUAAGAGAAGACUCAGAGCUGUUAUCUUGGAAAAUAGUUGAAUAACUUGCAAAAAGUAUUCAAUAAAAGGGUGCCAGUAAUUAUGGCCAAUGUGUUUUGGAGAAAAAUAUUAAUUAAAAAUGAGAUAUUUCCCCUGUUUCAAUUGUUUUACUUAAAGGUUACUUACAUUUUUGGAAUGAAAGAUCAAAAGGAUAAACUGCAUUUUUUUUUCACAGUCUAUUCUCAUAUUUACUAAUGGUGCCAAUAUUUUUGGCCAAAACUGGAUAUGUAUUUUUUUAUGCAUUUUAGUUGUUGCUGCAUAUAGUAAGAAGAUUGUGUCUGUGGUGCUGGCCCCUUGUGGUCACUUGAGACCCCAUAAUGCCAAGAUAUACUGUCUAUUGUGAGAGAACGUUUUUUUAAUGUAAUUUUAUUUACUCAUUCAUUCAUGUGUGGUAGCGAUUUUAUGCUGUUCCUUAAAUGUAUUUAUUGAAGUGGCAAACAUGAAGCAUUUAUAAUACUAUAAGCAUCUGGAUAAAUGCUUAAAUAUUGAAAAAUGACUGCGAUUUUAAUUGUAAUUUUUUUUUUUUCAGGCAUACAUCACGUUUGGCAUACAUAGGUUCUUUAAUAUUUAAUUCAUUGGAUUGAAUGAACUUGCAGUUGUGGAUUUUUUUUAUUUUGCGUGCAGCUAAGGUUUCAUUCUACAAUUGAGGAGAUAAAAUAUACUUAAACAAAUAUUUUAGCAUUUAUUUGAUAGGUUCUCCUCUAAGUGGUCUUAGAGGUGUGGCAUUAUGCUUCAAAAGAUUUAAUCACCAUUCAACUUUUUGUGUCAUAUACUGUAUUAUGUGUUAGGAUCCUGAUCCGUCAUGGUGUUGCUCUUUAUUAUGUUAACAUUUUGUCCUGUUUGUUAUAUUGUGAGAAAGAAGGUCUGUGGCACAGCUAAACGGGUUUGAUCCAUGCUCAGUAUACAUUUAAAGUGCUUUAAUAGCCUUCAUUAUCUGUUUUUUUAAGAUGCCAUUAAUGCCAUGUUCUUUCAUCUUUUCAUUAUUUUCUUCUAACUUCUCAUGAAAAUCUGCUUACAUAGGCAGUUCCAAAUUAUGCUGUUUGUCUAUCUCUUCUCAUUUUUUCCUUCUCAGCUCAAAAUGAAGUAUAAUACAAAUGUCACCAGCCAUGUUCAUUGAUGUUAUUCUCCAAUGAUGCUUUAUCAAGUUAACAUUUAGUUAUAUAUUUAUCUAUUUAGUUUCUCUUGUUUCUCUCUCCGGUUCCCUCAUUCCUCUGCUCUAAAUGGCUUUUAAUGGAUGUUAGCCUCUGUGGUCCCUUUUCCUGUGCAUUUGACUGUAUCAGAAAUACACUCAUAAAGAGUAUGGCUUUUUUGUUGAAAUGUUGGAUUUAUUUUUUAAGUCGAAUGGACGUUGUUUAAUGGAGAAAUAAAUGAAAAAUUCUGGUGUGAAAUGGUCAGGACGUUGUUGCAUAUGUCUUCAGAAAGCAGAAAAUGUUUAGUGUAAUUAUAGUGAAAUAGUAAUUUUAUGCUUUUUAAAUUUGUAAUUAUGAUCUUAAUUUGUCAUGUUUAUAAUGGAUCGUCCUUGUUUCAAAUGGUAUGUUACAUGAAUUUGACUCAAACUAUGCUACUCUUAGGUCAAUGGUGAAGGUCACUUGUACAUACACUAAACUAUAAAAAAAUUAUAGUAGACAUUUAUGUGGUAGCAUGAUUAUUGUAAUGCAAAAAGAAAGAAAGAAAAGAACAUUAAUUUGC